UCGCAGGCAGACAGAUAAAGCUGAGCCCAUUUUGUAAAAGCAGCUGAUAGCAGCCUUGUUAUUGUGAUUUUUCAACUUCUCUGCUGCUGUUAAUUUGUGUAUUAUAAGGUUGGAAAUAUGUGUUCACUCGAACAUUGUGGCAUCAGGUGUCAGGGAUAAACCUUUCUGGUGGUGACUUUUGAAUUUCAUGAGUUGAUAUGAUCUGCCAUUUCUCUCAUAUGUGAGAAAUGCCGGCGGCUCCUUAUGGAUGUAGUAACGAUACCUCGCUCCCCAUGUGCUAUGAGGAGUCAUCAGGUCCACUUGCUGAAAUCAUCAUCCCAUGUCUGUUGGCUCUGAGCACAGUUUUAGUGGUGGCUCUGAUUUUCUACAGUCUCCACAGAAACAAGCAAAGAGGACAGAGCACCUCAGCUCAUGUUCCAAAUGGCCAGCAGAGUGUAUCCCUGACUGCAGCUUCUGUAAGCACUCCAAAGGUCCAGGCUGCUUUGUAUCCCUGGGAAAUCCCUGAAGAGUGUGUUCUUGAGGGGCUAGAGUUUUGGCAGACAGGUCGCCAUGGCCCAGUUUGUAAAGGUCUGCUGAAGAAGAGAGACGGAGCCUCCUCUGCUGUGGUGGUUAAGUCCCUCCGAGAUGGCCCCAACCAGCCUGAAGCGAAGGAGUUUGUGGAGUGGGUCCUCUUCCAUGCCACAGUGUGUAAACAUGAGAAUGUGGUGCGGAUGUUGUACUGUCAGACCAAGCGUCUGCCCAUGUAUCUGGUCUUAGAUGCCUACAACCCAGGGAACCUCCUUCACUUCCUCUGGACACUUAGAAAUGUAACGAAUUCAAACACAGCGGAUCCAUUGCUGAACUUCUCUGAGAGGUCAGUGUUUGUGGUGGCAAAGCAGGUUGCAGCUGGCCUGGAUUACCUUAUGUCAGAGCACAGGCUGGUGCAUGGUGAUGUUGCUGCCAGGAACAUCUUAAUUGGCCCAGGCCUCUCAGCCCGGGUGUCUGGGCUGGGCGUGGCAUUUGAAGGACACAGAAUGGAUUCAGCAACUAGGCAGAGGGCCGCAGAGGUGCCUCUCAAAUGGCAGGCUCCAGAGAGGAUUAUGAUGCAGCUCAGUAUCGACAGGAGCGACGUGUGGUCAUUUGGAAUCUUACUGUAUGAACUGAUUACCUUAGGCUCUCCUCCAUACCCUGAGCUGGAGCCUCCGUCUGUGCUUCCAAAGCUACAGGGGUCUUAUCGAAUGAAGAGACCGGAGAAUUGUGGAGGGCCUUUGUAUGAUCUGAUGAAGUACUGUUGGAUGUGGAGUUUCAAAGACCGACCUGCAUUCUCGGCCAUCAUAAAGCUGUUGGAGCCCUCACUGCAUCUAGCGGCUACUAAAGCCAUUUGUGUUCCUGAGGUCAUAGACAUAUUUGAGUAUAACAGAAAGGCAGGACUGCUCUCAUAGGCUCACGUGCUACUAACACUCAGUAACAGGAAAUGAUCAACAUAUAAAGUGCCAAUGUCUAAUAUUUAAUUGGUAACUCUCAUACAAGUGAAAAAUAAAUAUGUACCUUAACAGUUUUACAGUCAAACAUUGACAAUAUGAAUUAAGGACACUGAAAGCAAGUCAUUUUACUAUUACCUCUUUAUUGUCAAAAAUGUACAGACUCAGAAGCAAAGAUCAUAUUAUUCAUUAAGAUCUUUCUUCUUUUUUAUCAUUGGGCAAAACACAGUUGUUGUAUCUAUAAUGCUCUUGGCAUGCAUACAUUACUGUGACUUUACAAUUUGAAAACCAAAACACCCACACCGGAAAGCUGAAUGCAUUACUGAAUGUGCUAGAUUUGCGUUCAGUCUGUGUAUGCACUUUACACUGUCGAUUUUCUUCACAACAUUGGUUGUAAUAAACCAUGUCAAGAACCACAGUGGGUCUGAAUCACUAUCAGAACCAGAAGACAUGACCAUUUGUAUUCAUUUUCUUGAUUUAUGAAAUUCUGGUCAGUUUUCCCUCAGAAAGCUCUGUCGGGGAGACUCAUUUAGAUAACUCAUAAAUUGCUCUGACACCUCUGAUUACAAGCUCAAAGGACAGAAGUUUUCAGAAGGCAUAGAGCAAGUCCAAAUUUAAAUAUGGGUCGUCAGUAACCUUUAGGGCUGAGAACAGAUAGAGCCUGUUACUCUGUGCUAUUUGCUUCAUCAUAUUCUGAACAAAGUCUUAUAAAACUAUAAUCUCCCCAUUUGUCACUUCCUAUGCAGAGAGGCACAAAUACACAUUGUGAAACACGAUGAGCGAUGCCGGAAAGGUGACCUUAAAAAAGGACUGGUCUACAAAACUGUGAUGUCCCUCAGACUGAAUACUGGCCAAGUUAAAGAGUAA